AUGUCCCAAGAUGACGCGCCUUCUUUCCCUCUCACUCAUCUAAAAGCCAAAGACAUCCAUAUCCAGGGACGACAUUUCGUAGAUAAUCAUGGGAGAGUCCUCAAUCUGAGAGGAGCGAAUGUCAGUGGAUCAAGUAAAGUACCAUCCAAACCUAUACCGAAGAUAAAUGAACAUGCUCAAGUGAACUACGUCAACAGACCUUUCCCAUUGGAGGAAGCCGAUCAACAUUGGAGGAGACUGAAAUCAUGGGGUUUGACUUUUAUUCGAAUCACCGUUACAUGGGAAGCAGUCGAGCAUGAAGGGCCGGGUAUAUACGAUGAGGAUUAUCUCGAUUAUCUCAGAAAGCUACUCGAAAGUAUGGAACCCUAUGGAUUGGUAGCUUACAUCGCAAUCCAUCAAGAUGUCUGGUCGAGAUACUCUGGAGGUUCAGGCGCACCGGGCUGGACAUUGACAUCAGCGGGAUUCGACCUUUCGAAUGACGGAGAGAAGUUAGCUUUGUCCGGUGCAGCGUUCCUGGAUGGAAUAAAAGGUGGGAGAUUAGGUGGAGAGAGAGGAUUAUGGCCAACAGGCUAUCAGAAGCUAGCCGCUGCUACUAUGAAUACGCUAUUCUGGGGUGGUGAGACGUUCGCGCCUUCUCUCAAGAUACCAACCACGACUUCAGAUGGUAAGAUCAAGAAAGUUAAUAUCCAAACUUAUCUGCAAGAUGCUUUCUUGAAGAUGUUCGAGAAAUUGGUAGAUGCUGUAGGAGAUGUUGGAAGUGUGUUAGGCUUCGAGUUGAUCAACGAACCUCAUCCUGGGUAUAUAGGACUACCUUCUAUCCAUGAAUGGAACUACAAUACCGAUUUACAUCUUGGUGAAUUCCCUUCACCCCUCCAAUCAUUUUCCAUGGGUGCUGGAAGACCUACAUCAGACGUACCGGUAUACAAACGUUCUUUCCCUUAUCCAACUGUCAUUUCCAAAUAUACCACGGCUAAUCCCGAGGGUGUACCUGCGUGGAUAAAGGGCAGGGAAGGUUGUAUAUGGGAAAAAGAAGGUAUAUGGAGAUGGUCCGAUAACAAGAAACAGGCUAUAGCGUUACAAGAGGAUUAUUUCACUAAAAAUAGAAAAGGCGAUAAAGUUGAUUUUUAUCAGGACUUCUAUUUCCCUUUUGUCCAAAAAUGGAAUAAGCUCGUGGCAUCCAAACAAAAAACCAAAGAAGAUGGGGAUCGAUUGAUGAGGAUGGUUGAGAUGAUACCGAAUGAGUUUUGUCCAGAAUACGAGGAAGGUAAAAGGCCGGAUAAUAUGGUUUAUGCUCCUCAUUGGUACGACCUGAAUGCUCUGUUCAAGAAACAAUUUGGAUUCAUGACAGUCAACGUCCAAGGUUUAUCUAGGGGAAUGUUCCUCCUCAAAGCUUUAUAUUUCGGAGCCAACGGUGUCAAGGCAAAUUACGCCAAACAAAUCCAGACGAUCGUAUUGGAAGCGAGACUCAAGCUGGGCGCUGUACCUGUCAUCAUCGGUGAAUGUGGUGUGCCUAUGGAUCUCAAUAACGAACAUGCAUUGAAGACUGGGGAUUGGAAGUACCAAAGACAGAUGAUGGAUGCUAUGAUAUCUGCUUUGGAAAGUGCAAAUGUCGGGUUCAACUUGUGGACUUACAACCCCGAUAACAGAGAUGAUAUUGGAGAUGACUGGAACGCAGAGAACUUUUCUUGGUACUCCGACCAUAAUCGGUCUCUGGCUUUGAAAAAGUCAGAAGAUACAAAUAUCGGAGGAGAAGAUCUGGAUGCAGGAAGUAGACUUUUGGAUGUUGUCGUUCGUCCUUACGCAAUAGCCACGGCCGGUACACCCCUUUCAUCAUCGUACGAUGCCGAGACAGCUUUGUACACCUAUCGAUACAAUUCACCUAUAAGAGUAUCCACUGAGCAACCAAGUAUAGAAGAAGUCACUGAGAUAUUCCUACCUCGACAAGUAUACUCUGAGGGACAAGUAAGAUUUUCACUCUCACUAGGAGGUAAAAUAUACUUUGAUUGGGCGAAUCACAGAUGUUGGGUAUGGUUCGAAGAAUCACCUCAUCAUAAUUUCAUUGAUUUGGGACCGAGAGGUACGGCAGAACAUAAAGUUAGACGAGUAGAUAUCUGGGUUCCUGAUAAAGCUAGAUCGAAUCAAAAAGGAUGGACGAUCCCACAAAUUCUGAUAUUGAUCUUGUGCUUGGUAUUUGGUUUGUUGGGGAUUUGGUGGGCUCAAGAGAUUGAAUGGAAUAAGGAGGAUAGUGCGUUGAGAUAUCAUAGACCAGGAAGUAGAUCUUGGUUCAAGACCUAG